AUGUCCUGUUUAUUUGAAUUGACGUUUAACCCAUGUUAUUUCCCUCGAUUUUACAUUACUUCUACUGAAUCAAUCAAUCUAUCUAUCUAUCUAUCUAUCUAUCUAUCUAUCACAGCCAGUUCAUAUCUAUUCUAUCUAUCUAUCUAUCUAUCACAUCCAUUCAUAUCUUUCUUUCUAUCAUCUAUCUAUCCAGUUCAUAUCUAUCUAUCUAUCUAUCUAUCACAUCCAGUUCAUAUCUAUCUAUCUAUCUAUCUAUCUAUCUAUCUAGCUAUCUCAGUCCUAUCUAUCUAUCUAUCUAUCUAUCUAUCUAUCUAUCUAUCUAUCUAUCUAUCUAUCACAGCCAGUUCAUAUCUAUCUAUCUAUCUAUCUAUCUAUCUAUCUAUCUAUCUAUCUAUCUAUCUAUCUAUCUAUCUAUCUCAGCCCUAUCCUAUCUAUCUAUCUAUCUAUCUAUCUAUCUAUCUAUCUAUCUAUCUAUCACAUUCAGUUCAUAUCUAUCUAUCUAUCUAUCACAUUCAGUUCAUAUCUAUCUAUCUAUCUAUCUAUCUAUCUAUCUAUCUAUCUAUCUAUCUAUCUAAUCCAAACAAGUCUAUUUAUCUAUCUAUCUAUCUAUCUAUCUAUCUAUCUAUCUAUCUAUCUAUCUAUCUCUCUCUAUCAUACCCUUUAACAUUUCUCUAUCAUAUUCUUUGUUUUCAGAUCUCGUUUUUUUUAUUCCUCUUACUCAUUCAUUCAUUCAUCCUUUCUUUCUUUCUUUUUAUUUUUUACAAUCUUCAUUUUCCUCUUCGAUUCCUGCAUUAUAACUUUUUCCUUUGUUUGUUCUUUAUUUCUUUCUUUCGUUCUUCACAGUUUACAAUUUUUCUUUCUUUAUUUUUUGUCUUUGUUUCUUUCAUUAUAACUUUUUCUUUAAUUCUUUCUCUCUUUAUUUCUAUGCGUUCUUUCCGUGUUUUCUUUCUUUUAUUCUUUUUCUUCCUUUUUUUCUUUCGAUCUUUCUUCUCGAUUUUCACUUCUUCGUUUUUUAUGUUUUUUUCGUCACUCCUUUCAUUAGGCCUUUAUCUGAUUCCUUUCUUUUUUUUCUUUAAAUCUUUAUUUCUUUUUUUUUUAUUUCUUUCUUUCGUUCCAUCUUUCUUUCUUCUCAGUUUUCAUUUUUACAUUAUUCAUUUGCCUCCUUCAUUUUUCUUCUUCAUUUCCUUCAUUAUAUCUUUCUCCCCUUCGGUAAUUCUUUCUUUUUUUCUUUUCGUUUUUCCUUUCUUCCAGACUUAUGAUCCACUUAUUCUCACAAUUUUUCCUUUAAUUAUUCUAAUAGGUUUCUAA